AUAACCACUCUUGCGAAUCCCAAAGUGGUUCUAGCUCACCAAACAUGCCACUAGCCCACCCCCCCACCCCCACCCCACGCCCCUCCAAUCCUUACAAAUACUUGCUGUGUAGCCCUUCAAUAUUGAAUACUCAAGGUCAAGGGAAUAUACAAAAAUGGCAGCCAUAUUUCUUUCCAUGUUCACUAUUAUUCUCAUCAUUUCAUCUGUUGUGUGCUCUUCUAAUUCAAUGAGUGUAGACUACUAUAAGCACACGUGCCCGGAGGCGGAGCCGGUGGUCGCCAAAAUGGUACAUAAGGGCAUGAUCAAUGACAAAACUGUUCCAGCAGGUUUACUCAGAAUGCACUUCCAUGAUUGUUUCAUUAGGGGUUGUGAUGCUUCUGUGCUGCUGAAUUCCACUGGAAAAGAGAAGGCUGAAAAAGAUGGUGGUCCAAAUAUUUCAUUGCAUGCAUUUUAUGUAAUUGAUCAUGCAAAGGAGGAGUUGGAGAGCAAGUGCCCCGGUGUGGUCUCCUGUGCUGACAUUCUGGCUCUUGCCGCUAGGGAUGCCGUUGCACUUUCUGGAGGGCCUACUUGGGAUGUGCCUCAAGGGAGGAAAGAUGGGAGAAUCUCAAAGGCCAAUGACACAUUGCAAUUGCCAUUCCCCACAUUCAACAUCUCCCAAUUGCACCAAAGCUUCUCCCAAAGAGGCCUUUCUUGGGAGGAUUUAGUUACACUCUCAGGAGGGCACACACUGGGUUUCUCCCACUGUUCCUCCUUCCAGAACAGGAUCCACAACUUCAACAGCUUAAACGACGUGGAUCCAACGAUGAACCCUGCGUUCGCGGGCGACCUGAGGAGGGUUUGCCCCAUUCACAACAAGGUGAAGAGCGCCGGAGCCAACUUGGAUUCUUCACCAACUCUAUUUGAUAAUGCAUACUACAAAAUGCUUCUUCAAGGAAAGAGCAUCUUUUCCUCCGAUCACGCGUUGCUCUCAACUUCAAAAACUAAAGCAUUGGUCCACAAAUUUGCAGCCUCUCAAGAAGGAUUUUUUGAGGCGUUUGUGAAGUCGAUGAUCAAGAUGAGCACCAUUAAUGGUGGUGGGACUGAGAUCAGGUUGAAUUGCAGAGUUGUUAAUUAAUUAAUUAAAUAAAUUGAUCGGGAUCUUUGGCAAAAAUUUGUGUUCAUUCAAAUUGUACGGUGCAUCCAUGUCAACUAAUCUCAAUUAGGAUUUAUUAAUCCCUAAUUAAGAUUUGUUAAUUCCUGAUUAAUGUUUUAUCAAAUAGAAUCGGGAUUUAAUUACGAUGAAUGUACCGUGCAUUCGAAUGCAUAGUAGUGUGCCUCGAGAUCUUUUGCUUGUUGUUAUUUGAGGUUACUCUUGUAUAAUUGUUUAUAUGUAUAUGUAUAUGUAUAUGUAUAUGUAUAUGUAUAUGUAUAUGUAUAUGUAUAUAAUAUAUGUAUGCGUGAUUUGUAUUUUGAUGAAAUAGGAGCGUGUGAUUUGUGAAUGUAUCAAGAAACAAUAUGUUUUUCAUGCAUUUUUAAAUUCU